AUGUCCGCCAUUACCAUCCAGAAGGGCCCUAUUCGAUUGGCUGGCCUCAUCCACAAGCCUACCGUAUCCGGCUCCAAAUUUCCAGCUCUCAUAAUUGUGCACCCUGGCGGCGGUGUCAAGGAGCAGACUGCAGGCCUUUACGCAAAAAACCUUGCCCAGAAGGGAUUUGUUACUGUUUGUUACGACGCCUCCCACCAAGGCGAGAGCGGCGGUGAGCCUCACUUCCUCGAAGACCCUUCGCAACGCGUUAGCGACGUUUCGAGUGUCGUUGACUACCUCGAAAAACUCGAUUAUGUCGAUUCCGACAGCAUCGCUGUCAUCGGUAUUUGUGCAGGAGGUGGAUAUGCGAUCGCUGCUGCCAAGAUUGACCACCGCCUAAAGGCUCUUGCCACGAUCAGCAUGGUUAAUAUCGGCGACUCGGCACGUCUAGGCUGGGACGCCGACGAAGACCCAAAACAAAAGGUUGGAGCCUUCGAUAUGGCAGCUAAGCAAGUUACCGCUGAGAAUAAUGGAGCUGAGCCUGCGGCUGCACCCUACGUGCCUCCCCAGUUGGACGACAAGACUCCCGCUGAUAUGAAGGAGGCUCACGACUACUAUCUCACUCCGAGAGCCCGGCACCCCCGUGCCUGCAAUAAAAUGUUGAUCCGGAGCUUCCCGCUAGUGCUGAACUUUGAUGCUUUCCACCUGGCGGAUCUUUACCUCACACAGCCUACUCUGCUCAUUGCAGGUGGGAAGGCAGGCUCUUUAUGGCACACUGAGAAGCUCGAUAAGCUAAUUGGAGGCGCCACGAAGAAGUUGAUCGUUCCUGAUGGAACGCAUAUGGAUUUCUAUGACCAGGAGAAGUAUGUUGAUCUGGCUGUCAAAAAUAUUUCCGAGUUCAUGAGUGAGAAGCUAUGA